AUGGCGGUUCAUCCCACCGAGGGAACAGGCAUCGAUCUCGACAACGACACGAAGUUUAGAUGCGGACUAGUCCAUGUUAACAGGCACUUCUACGACACCUGGCGCGACAAGUUCAUCUUCGACAACAACUUCGUGUUGACCGUGACAACAAGGCAGGUGCAGACGACGUUCGACGACUUCAAACACCUCCGAACCUUCCUCCGCAAAACUUACCAGUGCAUAUCAUCCUACUCACCUGGAAGACCGGACACCGUUACCGCGAGAAUCGUCACCCGGGAUGAGGACCGUCGACAACCCGGACCGUCAUAUAUCCUUCGUUUCGAAACCGACAGCGCAGUCUCUCUUGCCGACGUUCGCAUCAGCGUGUUGCCACUAGUCAUAGAGACGUCGACUACACAAGCCAAGAAUACCGUGAUGAUUCAGAUAUGGAUGAAGCACGACACUGAGGGGACAUCUAGGAUGACCUCUUCUCACACUGUGACACUGCACAAGCUACGACUCAACAUUGUAGUAGCAAUGAUGAGCCACGUAUACUCCGAUCCCAGGUAUCUCCAUCCCUGGGACGAACUACCAGACUUCUGGAUCAACGGCUUCGGAGACGUUGUCCAGACCACUACUGUUCCUGAUUUAUCAUGCGACGACACCGGUGCUUGGCAACCAGCCUCCCCGCUCGUAUACAACGAGGAGGCGGGCGAGGACGAAGACGAGUACCACAUCGCGAAUUUACAUCCCAUCGACUACGUAUAUCGCAGCAAGGGCGACGGCGUCCAUUCUGACUGUCGCUAUCCAAUGACGAAAGAGGUGCUUCAGUAUCUUAUGGGUUGUCUGGAUGGAGCGGGGUUGGAGGGCGAUGGGAUUUUUACGGGGUAA